UUUCACUUAACCUACUCGCAUUGAUUGAAAACUUCUCUCUCUCUCUCUCUCUCUCUCUCUCUCGUUCAGAUCUUUUCGCAUCAAGCUCGAAAGGAUCAGUAGCUGAAGGGGAAAAUGGGGCUUUCAUUUGGAAAGCUUUUCAGCAGGCUAUUUGCGAAGAAGGAGAUGCGUAUCCUUAUGGUUGGUCUUGAUGCUGCUGGUAAGACCACCAUUCUUUACAAGCUCAAGCUUGGUGAGAUCGUUACCACCAUCCCCACCAUUGGGUUUAAUGUGGAAACAGUUGAAUACAAAAACAUCAGCUUCACUGUGUGGGAUGUCGGGGGUCAAGACAAGAUCCGUCCCUUGUGGAGGCACUACUUCCAGAACACUCAAGGUCUGAUCUUCGUGGUCGAUAGCAAUGACAGAGAUCGUGUUGUUGAAGCAAGAGAUGAACUUCACAGGAUGUUAAACGAGGAUGAGCUUCGUGAUGCAGUACUUCUUGUGUUUGCUAACAAGCAGGAUCUCCCAAAUGCAAUGAAUGCUGCGGAGAUAACCGAUAAGCUUGGACUACACUCUCUCCGGCAGCGUCAUUGGUACAUCCAGAGCACGUGCGCCACCACCGGUGAGGGACUGUACGAAGGUCUGGACUGGCUCUCCAACAACAUUGCUAACAAAGCUUGAGCUUUGUGAGACGAAAGCUUUGGCUUCUGGGAGAAGCAUUAUCUCUGCUUCUUGUUCAAAACCUUUUUCUCUCUCUUUUUGUUUUGAAUUUUGGUGGUUAUGGAGUCGUAUAAGUUGCCAGUUAAAAAUGAUUUAUUUUGGGAUUGUGAUAUUAAGAUUCUUGUCUUUAACGAUAGAUAUAACAGAACGUUGGUGAUGAAUUUAUUUAUCUUUUAUUACUUUUGGGACAA